AUGCGGUCAGCCGGCCAGUUGAGAAUUUCGCCCCCCCUCAGCCCAGUCUUCUGGCAGGGCAAAGUGCAGAGUGCAGAGUCAGGCCCCGCCCAAGAACGUCGGCGCCAUCAGCGCUCCGCCUUCCUAACCACCAAGUCUCUGUACCCAACCCGUAUAUACCGUCAAGAUGUAAGUCAUCACGCUCGCACCAACGACCACGCCACCACUCGCUGCACCAAGCAGAACGCAUCCUCCACCAUCCCUUCGUUCCAUUCGAAUUCGCACCGCAAGGAUGGCACGGUUGCUUUGCAUGGCGCAUCGUGGCGGGCUAAGUCGAAGAACUCGUCCCAGCACAACCAGGUGCGCAAGGCCCACCGCAACGGCAUCAAGAAGCCCAAGACCAACAAGUACCCGUCGCUGCGCGGUGUGGACCCCAAGUUCGUCCGCAACCAGCGCUACGCCAAGCACGGCACCGAGAAGGCCCUCAAGGCCGCUCGUGCCGAGGCAUAA